GCUUCGGAAGCCACUCAGUGGAAUUAUGCUUGCACGCAGUGAAGCAGUAUGGUCCAAAGCGUGAUAGUAGCGUGUUUUGCUCUCCUCAACCUGGUGCUGGUGGUCAACGGCCAAGCUGCUGCCUGCACGGAUCCGGCCAAUUAUAACCAAAAUGUUCCCCAUGAGUACGACUGCACCCGUUUCUACCUGUGUGAGGCAAGCGGUCCUUAUGCUUUGACCUGUCUAAGUGGCUACCACUUCUCGACUUCAACGCAAGAAUGUGAACCACCGGAGACGGCAGGGUGUGAGGUUACGUGGACAACGGUUACAGUGCCCACGAACCCCACGGUUACACCUCUGACAACACUUCCAACAGUACCCAUUACAUCCGAUGGCACCACGGCGGGGCCAACACCGGAGACCGUAGACCCAACUGGACCAACGGUACCAACGACACCUGGUACCACGCUCGGAACGGGUGCUACCACGGCCACCCAGGACCCACAGAAUCCGUCCGGUCCGACUGAGCCAACAACACCGGAAACCACCAUCGGCACUAUCCCGACGGUUCCGACCUUUGUGCCUACGGUUGGAACCGACGGACCGAGCACUGAGGAGCCAACGACCGUGGAAGGAGCUACCACUACUGAGGGGCCCAUUACGGAACAAUCUACGGUGGAACCCCCCAUCGGCACUAUCCCGACGGUGCCGACAAUCAUACCAACGGUGCCAACGGCCCCGACAAGCACUGAAGAGCAAACUACUGAGGAAGAAGUUACCGAAGAGCCUACGGAGACGGUGGAGCCUACCGAAGAGCCAACGGAGCAGCCGGAGCCGGAAACGAACGGAAACCGCAAACAGAAUCGGCGACACUGACGCUGAUCUGGGAGCGCGGGGCCAGAUGCUAGAACAAGUAAAUAAAACCCCUUAU